AACAACUGACGAGUGCGAGGUUGUUUGGGAUCAGAGCCAUAGAGAUGAGAAGCCUAUCGGACCGAUGCGGCAUUUCAUUAAGGUAUGGUCACCAACUUUCAAUGUAAGCUAUUGUGUUCAGGUGGCUUUGUAACCAUGACUUCCACGACGCAGAACACUGCACGAAAGAUGCGGCGGUUAGCCAACUUGCUAGGUUGCCGCGACACCGAAAUUGCGGCUACAUCCUCUUCUGAAGAUGCGGAGAUUCCUGACGACGACACCAUCCUGAGUCAAGGCAUUGUGAGUCAACGCAAGAAGCAAGCCACACGGUCUGCUUACCAGUUGAAGCCAAGGGGCAACGCUCCAAAACGAUACACUUCGGACGAUUAUGUUAACCGAGGAAAGAAGGUUGUCAUUGAGGAGGAUGAGACGCCGCCGCGGAGAUCAACUUUGAGGAAGAUGAGAAACGAUGAGCCGUUAUCUUCAGAGGAGGAGGAGGAGGAGGAGGAGCAGGAGCAGGAGCAGGAGGAGCAACAUCAACAAGAGCCACGGCAGCGGACGAAAAGGUUGGCCGUCCGGAAGCAGCCCGGGAGGAGGGGACGUCGCGGAGGAUAGAUGCAUUUGCUAGUGUUGUCAACUCUAUCUUCUUAAGUAUCGUGUUGUGAACCCUAUGUCAUUUCGAACCAUGUCUCUAUUGCUACGUGUUGUUUGAAUCUAUGUGCUAA